AUGGAUGGCGACGAAGCUACCGUGUGGGUGGACGCCAGCUCUCUAGCGAUUGGGACAGCGCUUGAAGUGAAUGGUAAUAUCAUCGAGGAUGCCUGUUGGCUUCGGCAGAAUGAUUGCUCACACAUCAAUCUCGCCGAGUUAGAUGCCGUACUUCGCGGAAUUAAUCUUGCUGUCGCCUGGAAGAUGAAAAAACUGGCAUUGAUGACUGACUCCAGAAUAGUGUACCACUGGAUGAUGGAUGCACUGUCGGGCAGAUCGCGACUCAAAACCAAAGCAGCGAGUGAGAUGCUUAUUCGUCGACGCCUGGAGACAAUAAGGACUGUUAUUUCUGAGUAUCAGCUUCAGGUUGAAGUAAAAUUUGUCUCCUCUGCUGAAAACAAGGCUGACGUGCUAACGAGAGUGCCAAAGAAGUGGCUAUCAUCAAACGACAACCAGCCUUUCUGUGCAGCGGCAGUGGUUGUUCCUGAGUUUAAAAUUGCGCGUAUUCACCAGACCAGUGGGCAUUCAGUAGUCAAGCGUUCUCUCUACUUUUGCAGGAGGAAGUUUUCAGAGACAACAAGACGUCAAAUGCAAGAAGUGGUGCGUAAAUGUGAGGCCUGUCAAUCUAUUGACCCUGCUCCCGUAUAUUGGAAGAAGGAUGUCCUGGGAGUCACUGAGUCUUGGAAACGAGUCAGUAUGGAUGUCUGUCAUGUUGAGGAUCAGCACUAUCUCACCCUCAUAGACUGUGGCCCGUCAAGAUACGCGAUUUGGAGAAGACUCAGAAGGCAGGACGCUGCCGCUGUUACUGAGGUGCUGGAGUCGGUAUUUUAUGAGCGCGGCGCCCCAAAGGAACUCUUAACGGACAAUGCCACCAGUUUCCGUAGCGCUUCCUUCAACGAAUUCGCCAGGCGCUGGGGGAUAAGUGUCAUAUAA